GAAUUACUGUCGUCAGCAGACGAUACGAAGUUCGACGUUCGAGCCUUCUUGCUCGAGUAUCGUGGUACUCGACCUCUGUGUUUUCAAAUAGAGCAAAAGUCGGUAAUGUAACUCCCCUGGUUUAACCGAGUUUUAGUUGCACUUGAACACACGUCUUUGAAGAAUUUAGCUCAUGCUCGACGCUAUGACAGAUGGCGGAUUUAGUACGCACAAGGCAAGAACAAGUUUAUGAUAUCAUUAAAGACAUCAAAGACCCCGAGAAACCAGACACCCUGGAGGAACUCGGUGUCGUAUCAGAAGACAAUAUUCACAUUGAAAUACUGGAAAAAUAUUCUCAUAUAAAUGUGAUAUUCGUCCCGACAGUGCCACACUGUCACCUUGCCACCUUAAUUGGACUAUGCAUACGGGUGAAGCUGGAGAGAGACCUUCCGUACAAGUUCAAACUGGAUAUAGGCGUCAAAGAGGGGACUCACAAAACUGCUUCUGAGAUUACCAAGCAAAUCAACGACAAAGAAAGGGUGGCAGCUGCCAUGGAAAACCGCAGCCUCUGCGACAUGGUGGACCAAUGUAUCACUCCUUACGAUUAUUGAUACUUUAUUUACAUAUUACAGCACAGUACACCUGCCAAAUUCAUUUUAUGUACAACACCAAGCAUGAGUAUACAGGCUGAGAGCAAAGAACUGCAUUUUAAAGAAUUGAGUUGAGCAGCCUUAAAACCGGAGGUGAAGGGGGGAAAAGCAAUUUGAACACACUGCCAAACAAACUGGUAUCACUCACAUUCACUACCACAAAUUUCAUGUACAACCUCUGGGGACGGGUGGGACAGGAAGGUGGGAAAAGAAUGGGACGGUGUCCCCCCCAAUAGAAAGAUCUCCCCAGAGCCCCGCGGGGCAAGAAUCCUCCCGCUGUGGCACGCCUUAGGAAAGGCCCGUGGCCAGCUUGCUCUGGACGAGAGAAGCCUUGCGCGGCGGCAGCGAUUCCACCGUCGGGAUCGUCUCUCCCGUGGGGUUCUGAGGGAUUACCGGGGGCACACGGGGCUUCUGAACCCCCUUGGCUUUGGCCAUGUUGUAGUCCCCAGAAUCGAAGUACUUUUGCUGCAAGGAACAAUAGCAACUGUCAGAGCGCUGCCCUCACACGGUAAGCAAGGCAUGUUAGGAUGACUGAACAGGAGAGAACAAACAACGCUCUCCAUGGCAUUUUGUGAGUAACUAGAACACCGUGUCUUUGGGUUAAAUGGACACUAAAAUUCAAAAUUUUUUCCUUGUGGAAUGAACGUUACCUUGAUACCAACACGAAAGGAACAAGAUUCAUAUGUUGUGUCGUUCGUGAUUUAUGAGUGUAAGAAACUAUGAUUUAUGCUGUCCCUCUCUUUCUCAAGAAGGCCGACAAUGCAGAGCGGGGUCUCAUUAGUAGAACCCCUAGCUUUCUGCUUUAUUUCACGAAAUUGGCCACGUCACACGGACCGUGCCGUUUCCCUCAGAAUCCAGUGUUUUUCACGGAACCUUUGGGCAGGGACUGGUUUUAUAGGGGUGAUAUAUGCUAUAUACGCUGAUACAUUACAGGAUUAUGUAAGGAUUUUGAUCGAUCCGCAACUUUUUCGUGGGUUAAACCCAAUAAGAUGAUGCCUGACGCAACUGAUACAGCUGCACUUGCCACAGCGAAAAAAAAAAUUUCACUACAGGAAUGCCCGGAGAGAACUCAUCAGAGCUGAGCCUAAUUUCCUUUGUGCACCAAAAAGUUGGAAAAAGGCUGGAAAAGCGCGCGGGACAAGAAACUGCGGAAUCCCGUGGAUUUUUAAGUCCCGCUUCGUGGAAAUGUUAAUUUUCCACCUCAGAAGGCUUUACUCAUUGGUCUCCUCAAACAAUUCGUCCAAUCACCACGGAAGAUUAUUUGAGGAGACCAAUCCGAGGACUCUCUGCAUUGUCGCGCUUUUUGAGAAGAUGAGGGGAUGGGAAGAGUAACACUCAGUUUCUUCCGCUCAUAAACGAACGACACAACCAAUUAAUCUUGUUCCUUUUGUGUUGGUGUCAAGGUACUGGUAUCUUUAAUAGACCUCUCCUUGUUUGUGAACAAAUGACGUCAUAAUGUUUGACAGCGCCACCAAUUGGGUAGAGUUGAACUACGCUGGAAGGUAGGGGGCGAACAAGGUCGCAUCUGAAAGCCACGAUCUUGAGGGGAUUACGAUGGUCCCUGAAAGGGACGCGACCUUCCGUCCUACUUUUCUUUCAAUGGGAGGCAGCAAACAAGUACCCAUUCAUGGAACCUAGCCCUCCCCAUUUCAGAUUUGUUUCAGUUUCAGUCUCUACCAACAUCAUGAUGAUGUUUCUUUGUUCUCUUGUUUUUUGCACUUCAGUGCUCAUUUUAACCUAGUAAAACCUGGGUACUUGAUGAAAUGCAGUCCACUGAAUGAAAGCUUGUGCGAAUAAACACGGUACUUUCUGUUUUUA